UCUCAGAAGCAACAGACUAACCACCUUUAUAUGGAUGAGAAAGAAAUCAUUAUGAAUAAAAGCUUCGGUGAAGAAAGAGUGGAUAUAGACAGAGAUUUUGAGGUAGAAAAUUGAAAAGAAGCCAAAACUGUGAAAGUUUUAACACAAAAUAUGUUCCUCCGACCUGUUGUCAAAACAAAUGAAAGUGAUUACAAAUAUGAGAGACUUCAGGAUCUUCUUCAAGUUAUCCAGAACUUUGACAUUCUGUGCUUCCAAGAAGUCUUUAGUGGCCUCAAUAGCCACAAGCCGCAGCUUCUUACUGUGGGUAAAUAAAGCUGGUUUCAAUUACUAUUGCCAUAGCAGCAAGCCAGGCUAUUUUGAAAAAUAUCUAACUGAUGGAGGACUUGUUAACCUUAGCAGAUACCCCAUUGUUGAAAGCGAUGAAGAAGUGUACAAGAAAGCUAUCGGAGACUGCUCGAUUGCAAAGAAAGGCGUCUUGUUUUCUAAGAUCGACAUAAACGGAAACCAUCUGUACUUGUUCAACACACACUUGCAAGCAAACUACUACUCGUCAUAUGACCUGUACAGAAAGUGAAUCAAUACCAAAAUGUAUCAGCUCAAGCAGCUGGCCGAGUACAUUGAAAGCAAAACCAGAGAUAUGAAACCAGACGACAAAAUCAUGCUGGUCGGAGACUUCAAUAUUUCAAGUCGAAAAUUCAACUCGCAUACCAUCGCUCAGUUCAAAGGCUACGCAGAGCAAGACCCUGGCUACAACAUUUUCUUUGAAGAAGGGUUCAACACUCUCAUGGAAGCAGAAAUCAUGAAGAAGAUAUUAUCAGAAGACGGACUGUUCAGCGUCAAAGACUUGAAGGAGAGGCUGGGUGACGAGGAGGGAGCUCCUGCAACAUUUGCAGGGACAAUUGAGCUUGAGGACGGGAGUAAAGCUCCAGCAGAUACUGCUCUUAUGAGUCAAAAGGACCUAAUGACAGAACAAUCUUUAGAUUAUAUUUUUAUCCUAGAAAGAAAUGAUAUUUGUUUUAAAAGCCAGGAAGACUCUAAAGAUAUGACUUAUCCAAUAACGAACAUUAUCAAAGAUGAAUGGCUUCUUCCCAAACAAAAACCCUUUACCGUUAAAGAGGACACAAUCAGAGUCGAAAAGUUCCUAAUAAAGGACAAAAAGUACGGAGCUCUCAGUGAUCAUUUUGGACUAUCAGUCAAUAUGACCGCCCUUUAAUCUAAGAUUUAUAUCUCUAAAAACUUAUCAAA